AUGUCAGCCAUACCGUCGCCGCAACCGGCCAUCAAAUCAGAACCGGAAGAGGUCUGCCCGAGAACCAGCGUAUCCGAAGACGACCGCUCUGCUGGCCAGCUGUGCUCCAACUGUGGUACCACAAAGACCCCUCUCUGGCGAAGAGCUCCCAACGGCACCCUCAUCUGUAACGCCUGUGGCCUCUACCUACGCUCCAACAAGCACCAUCGCCCGGUCAACUUGAAAAGACCCCCCAACACCGUCAGUGUGAAGGAGACGGAGGGCUCUUGCAAAGGUGACGGCUCGUGUAAUGGUACUGGCGGCUCUGCCGUGUGCAAAGGUUGCCCAGCUUACAACAAUAGAGUGGUGCUUCGUCAGAACGAAGAACGCCAUGCCAAAGAAGAGGACCACAAGCUGUCCGAGGAAGAGGACAGUUUGGCCGUGGCCUGCUUCAACUGUCUGUCUACAAUCACGCCGCUCUGGCGUCGUGACGACGCCGGAAACACCAUCUGCAACGCCUGUGGGCUCUACUACCGUCUUCACGGGUCCCAUCGUCCCAUCAAAAUGAAGCGCAGCACCAUCAAGCGCCGGAAACGUAACUUCGACAUCCCUGCGCCCAAGCAAGAAAAGAGACUGAAGCCCGAGAAGGCCCUGCCGCGACCGCAGGCUCUGCCGAACCCUCGGGCCCAAACGCCCGCCAGCGACGCCACCCCGGUCGCGAUGCCCGCCCUGGCGCCUCCUCCCAAUCCCGGUCCAGCUCACAAUCCUGGGCCAGCUCACAAUCCUGGGCCAGCUCACAAUCCUGGGCCAGCUCACAAUCUUGGUCCUGUCCAGGCAGGCCAGGCGCCGUUUGUGCCCUCGUACUACCUCCCGUACCUGGGCCACGGCAGAAUCCCCAACGGACCGGGCCCCAUGCCAGGCCCUCCUCCGCCCCAGGUGGUCUACCACCAGGCAGUGCCCGUUUACUACCCAGCAUACGCCCAGCCCGCGCCUCCACAAGGGCCUCCGGCGCCUCAGCAUCCUGCGCACCACACCCAUGGUCCUCAGAGACCCGCAUCUCAAGGGCCCCCGGCGCACCAGCAUAUCCAGCAUCCUCCCGUCCAGGCGCCUGCUUCGCAGCCGUUUUUGCAGCCGCUUGCGUACGGCCGUUCUGGGCUGCCUGCCCAGGAAAAGAUUACGCUCCCUUCGAUUCAGAAUAUCCCACGCACGCCGCCCGUCGAGGCCAACAAGCCUGCGUUGGCGGUGGACUUUACCAAUGCGUUCCAGGAUAAGGAGCGCGGCAGACGCAGCAUCAGAAAAGUCAAGGAUAUCGCUGCCGGAUUCGUCGGCGGCGCCACACAGGUCCUCAUUGGCCAGCCGUUCGACUUGGUGAAAAUCAGGCUCCAAACGAGCCCCAGCGGGGCAACCUCCACCUCCAUCGUCAGACUGGUGCUCCAGAAAGAGGGCCCAUUGGCGUUCUACAAAGGCACCUUGGCGCCGCUUUUCGGCGUGGGCGCGUGUGUUUCGCUUCAAUUCUACGGGUUCCUCGAAACAAAGCGCCAGUUGCUCAAGCGCCUGGGCAAUCUGGAGCUUCUGCUUUGGCCCCAAACGUAUCUAGCAGGUGCGGCCGCAGGAUUGGUAAAUUCGCCUGUCACCGCGCCAGUGGAACAACUCAGAAUCCUCAGCCAGGCGUCCACGAAAUCCACCUCGCUCCAGGAAACCGUGCGCGCCAUCUGGCGCCAGCAGGGCACUCGUGGUUUGUACCGAGGCCUUGGAGUCACUGUGGUGCGUGAGUGCCAGGCCUACGGAGUGUGGUUCAUGAGUUACGAGUGGUUGUUGCAGACGGUGGUGAAGCAGCGUGGGUACAAAGGACGUGACGACGUGACGACUCCCGAAUUGUUGUUGUGUGGUGCUGCCGCGGGCAAUGCCUUGUGGUUGUCGAGUUAUCCGUUGGAUGUGAUAAAGAGUAAUGUUCAGACCUUAAUGGCUAAUAAGGCCGCCUUUGUGCUUCCCGUUAGAACAUUCCUAUUCGGCUUCUUGUCACAGUUCAACAAGAAACUCAUAUACCCACCAAACCCUGACCAGAUCACCACCAAGAACAGACUCUUCCCCACAUACAUUGAAAACUCCACCGAGCUCGGAAACAUCAUCUUGACCAAAGAGCCAUUGUUGCUCAACUUUACCAUGCCAGGUGACGAAAAAUGCAAUAAGGUGACGCAGUCGUUGUUCGACAUUCUCAGCGAUAAGUCCAAGUACCCAUUGGCUGUGGAUAAACUGAUCUCCUUGGCCAACAUUGCAUGUGACGGACCAGGUGGAAGAGAAUUACAACAAAAUUAUGCCGUGAGCAAGAUCCCUACCGUCGUGUUGUUGAAGAAACAGAUGGUUGUCGAUAGAUUCAUUCCAUCAGACGUCGGUCGCUCCGAGGCUGAACUCUCCGAGUGGAUCAAAUCAUCUUACUAA